AAGCACUAGAGUUGCCGGCAUCCACUAGAGUUAGAACUAGAAGAGCAACGACCGGCUCAAUAGAACUUGAAAUAGAGCUCAGCUCUCAACUCUCAACUACAUUUCAAAUCACUUUCAUACUCUGUUCGAUUGUUGUGCAAUAGACCUACGCUAGUUUUUAUCUCGCCGGUUCUCCUACUGCCGAUUGGAGUGCCUCCUAAUCUGACACAACAAAUCAAUAUCAAAAACAAUAUAAAUACAGUAUUUUGGUUUAAACAUUUUUUUUGUGAAAUUGAACUUUGAGUUUAUCAUGUGUGAAGUUUCGCCAAAAAUCUGAUCACUAUAAUCUCAAGUAGUGUAUUGUGUCGGUUCAAAGAUGAAAAUAUAGAGUGAUUUUCACUCAUUAAUUUAUUAUUUACUGUGUCAAGUUGUGUUGUAAAGAAAGUUUUAAUUAUUUGGAAAAAGUAAAAUAGGCCUAAUUCUAGGAAGCUACGCUCCAGAAGAAAAAUGAAGCGAGCGUUUUCAGUGUUGAAAUGGCUUGUUGUGGCCAUAGUCGUUGGUGAAGUUGAUGCGGCGAGAAUCCUAUCAGUAUGCACUCUGAGUGCUAAAAGUCACCAUUACAUAGUCCAGCCGGUAUUGAGAGUGGUCCAUCGUGGACAUGAGCUCACCUUCAUCACCACCAUUCCAAUGAACAUGAAAGCACCCAAUUUUAGAGAAAUUGUGGUCAAGACCGAUUUCGAAGAAAAAAUGAAAGAAAUGAUAUCAUUCGAAAAUAUAAAGAGCAUGAGCGGUACUCAGUAUUUCAAUAUGAUAAUGUUCUGGCCAAUGGGGUGGAUGGUAUCUGAAGACACGCUGAAACACGCGGAGGUUCAAAAACUACUCAACUCGGAGUCGGAAAAGUUCGAUUUGAUUAUUUUAGAGACGCAUUUCGGCCAGGAAUCUCUGCUAGGGUUUGGCCACAGAUUCAACGCGCCUGUAGUUUCAAUAGCAACAUUCACCACCUUCGUCUUUAUUGACGAGUUCGUCGGAAAUCCUUUCGGAGUCGCAUACCUGCCAUCAUUCGACACAAACUACAACAGCAAAAUGACAUUCGUACAGCGACUGCACAAUUUUGUCAGAGCAGUAUCUUCUCUGGCAUGGGGAUAUGCCUUCUAUUUGCCCAAACAAGAUGGAAUUAUGAGAAAGUACUUCACCCACAAAGGAGCCGAGAAUAUGCCUUACAUCGCUGACAUGAUCAAGAACAUUUCGCUGGUCAUCAUAAACAGUCAAGAAAGCGUCGACUAUGCACGACCUUUGGUGCCUAAUGUCGUCCAAGUGGGAGGACUCCACAUUGCCAAUACUACUAAGCCACUCCCACAGGACCUGAAAAAGUUCCUUGAUGAGUCGAAACACGGCGUUAUUUACUUCAGUUUCGGCACAGUAGUGCCGAGUCACCAAUUGCCAGUGGAGAUGAGGGAUGCAUUUGUAAAGUCAUUCGCAAAAAUAAAACAAAAUGUUCUGUGGAAGAUUGAUGUCACUUCAAUUCCUGGUUUACCACCUAAUGUGAAAUUGGCUAAAUGGCUUCCUCAGCAGGAUGUUCUAGCACACCCGAACAUCAAAGCGUUCAUCACACACGGCGGCCUGCUGAGCCAAAUGGAAGCAGUCUACAACGCACUUCCCCUCAUUGGCGUUCCGUUUUUCGGCGAUCAGUUUGUGAACGUAGAACGCGCCAAACAGUCCGGAUUCGCGCUUCCCAUCUACUCGGACAACAUCACCGAGCAGUCGGUCUCUUGGGCUCUCAAACAAGUCUUGGAGAAUCCAUCGUAUAAAGAGGCAGCAAAACGUCAUUCAGCAAUUUUCCGUGACAAUCCGAUAAAGCAAACAGAUAAAGCUGCCUACUGGAUCGAAUACGUGUUGAGACACAACGGAGCUCCGCACCUGAGAUCUGAGGGCCGCAAUCUACCUUACUACCAAUAUCUUCUACUCGAUGUUAUCGCCUUUAUUGUGGCUGUUCUGCUAACAAUAAUUGCUAUUAUCUAUACAUUUUUGAAAAUGAUUUGCUCACUUUGUUGCGGCACGAAAAAAGAUAAACAGCAAAAAAGUAAGCAAGAAAAGAAGAAGAAGCAGCAGUGAUUGAAGAAACCGUGUGAAUUAAGCCAAGCCAAGUAUGAGAGUUGGAUGAUUAAGAGAAACAUAUCGUAAAAUUGAAUAUUAUUUGAAGAAUUUUGUAAAGCACAAAGUGUUUUCACUGUGCAAGUUAUAGUGUACUGAGCCAAGAUUUAUUGUGAUUAUGUAUUGUGGUAAGUGAAACGUUUUAGGGUAACUAGUUAAGAUUAAGCAGAAUAUCUUUAUGGAUAACUGAAAAAAGUGUGGAAUAAAUAAUAAUGUUUCUUCUAAGA